CUGCUAAAGUUACAUCCGAUGAAGUGCCACCACUGGCAGUCCAUCUCUAAUAUCGAACAAACAAAUUCUUAUUUUUAUUUUAUUAAACUGCAGGUGGUUUCUGUCGUGACUAGUAGAAACUAUUGGAAAAAAUGUCGCAGGAGGUGGAGGAAACACUUAAGAGGAUCCAGAGUCACAAAGGUGUAGUGGGUACCAUUGUGGUCAACAACGAAGGCAUUCCGGUCAAGUCCACGCUCGACAACACGACGACCGUCCAGUACGCUGGCCUAAUGAGUCAGCUGGCGGACAAGGCUCGGAGUGUGGUGAGGGACCUGGAUCCUUCGAACGACAUGACAUUCCUGCGGGUGCGAUCCAAGAAGCACGAGAUCAUGGUGGCCCCGGACAAGGACUUCAUCCUGAUCGUCAUCCAGAACCCAACCGACUAACUGCCCUGGAGCUCGGUGCGGCGCAUUGCUGGAGUUAUCUACCGCACAUUUAUACACACAUUAAAUCGCCUGCGAGCGAAAUGAGAGGUAAAUUAUAUGUAACGAAAUUGUACUUGAAUGGAGUAAAAUUAUUUAUGCAUAAAAUGA